CAGGCGGACUGUGCAUACUGGUAGCGAUUCUUUUCUAUUUCUUGCUCUCUCUCUCUCUCUGCAUCUAUAUCUAUAUCUAUCACUAUGCUAUGUAUGUCUAUGUAUAGUGGCUGACAAGCACAGGAUCACUGAUUUCUUCUACAUCUUCGAAGUCUACAACAUCGCCGGCUGGAGCACCGACGGCGGCUCAAGCCUGAACCACGAAGAAAAAGGCUGCGGCGCCCUGACAGGCUGGGAGUGGCACGAGCAUACUGACACCCAAUAUUCGCGCGCCUACUUCAACCUGCCCUUCAUAAUGAAGUCUGGCUGCGUCGAGCGGGCCAUCGUCUCAGCUGGCGGGCCCAAGCUGUCCUGUGAGUUCCAAGACUACGACUUCCUCCUCAAGAAGAAGCGAUCCGCGGCCAUUGACCCCCCGCCGCCGGCGCCGUCAUGGUCGACGCUGCACAGGCGCGACCUCGUCAGCGAGACGCCCAGUUUCCCCAGCGGCUUGUCGACCGCGUCGAGCAACAGCACGCGCCCGGCGACGACGGCGCCCCUGUACACGCCUGAGUCUUGGGGCCCCGGUAACACGGAGACGUUCACGACGACCCUCAACGAGACCUCGAAGUCGACAUAUACGACUGAGAUCGUCCUGGCGACGGGGACGAACUCCACGACGACAGGAUCCAAGACGACCAGUACCCAGACUACCAAUACGACGACGACCAGCACUACUACACCUACUACUACACCUACUCCUACCACUGCACCUACUACCACUACUACUUCUCCUACUACUACUACAUCAGGAGCAGUCGCAACCCCAACCCCCACCCAAGCCGGGAUGGUAAGUAACUGCAAAAAGUUCUACUAUGUUAAGAGCGGGGACGGCUGCCAGGCCAUCGCGACAACGUACGGAAUUACCCUGGACGAACUGUAUACCUGGAAUCCGGCGCUGAAUGGGGAUUGUACGGGGUUGUGGGCGGAUUACUAUAUCUGUGUUGGUGUGUAGGUUGGUAUCUUUAUACAGUAGAAUAUAUCUAUAGCUAUAUCUAUAGCUUGUAAUAGGGAAGCGCCCUGCGAGUAUAUUAGCAUAGCUAGAUAUAUACUAUACUGUAUAUAUAAUAAGAUCCUUAAGGAUAUUUAGUAUUAAUAAGGGCUUUAAUA